CGACCGUCAGCGGCAGCAGCACAGCGCAGCGGCGGCGUCGACUCGGCGGAGCGCACGGUGACAGGGCGUUAUCUGCUGUACAUGUUAAAAACACUACACCGGGAGGAAGACGCGCACGGAUCGGUAGACGCAUAUCACCAACUCUCAGUCCGUCAUGGAGUCCUAUGACAUUCUAGCUAAUCAGCCGGUGGUGAUCGAUAAUGGUUCAGGGGUCAUCAAGGCCGGGUUCGCAGGAGACCAGAUCCCCAAAUACUGCUUCCCCAACUACGUGGGGCGUCCCAAACAUGUCCGAGUGAUGGCCGGAGCGCUGGAGGGAGAUCUGUUCAUCGGACCCAAAGCAGAGGAGCACCGGGGCUUGUUGUCGGUGAGGUACCCGAUGGAGCACGGCAUCGUGAAGGACUGGAACGACAUGGAGAGGAUCUGGCAGUACGUCUACUCCAAGGAGCAGCUGCAGACCUUCUCCGAGGAGCAUCCGGUGCUGCUGACCGAGGCUCCUCUGAACCCCAGUAAGAACAGGGAGAAGGCUGCAGAGGUCUUCUUUGAGACCUUCAACGUGCCGGCGCUCUUCAUCUCCAUGCAGGCGGUGCUCAGCUUGUACGCGACGGGACGGACCACCGGCGUGGUGCUGGACUCAGGCGACGGCGUGACCCACGUGGUGCCGAUCUACGAGGGCUUCGCCAUCCCGCACUCCAUCAUGCGGGUCGACAUCGCCGGCCGAGACGUGUCCAGAUACCUGCGGCUGCUGCUGCGCAAGGAGGGCUACAACUUCAACACGUCGGCCGAGUUCGAGGUGGUCCGCACCGUCAAGGAGAGAGCCUGCUAUCUGUCUCUGAACCCACAAAAGGACGAGACCCUAGAAACAGAGAAGGCCCAGUACGUCCUGCCCGAUGGAAGCACUUUAAAUAUCGGCCCGGCCCGGUUCAGAGCCCCGGAGCUGCUGUUCAGACCCGACCUGAUCGGAGACGAGAGCUCGGGGAUCCACGAGGUUCUGGCCUACGCCAUCCAGAAGUCCGACAUGGACCUGCGGCGCACACUGUUCUCCACCAUCGUGCUGUGUGGAGGCUCCACGCUGAUCAAAGGCUUUGGGGAGAGGCUACUAACCGAAGUCAAGAAACUGGCACCCAAAGACGUGAAGAUCAAGAUCUCUGCUCCUCAGGAGAGGCUCUACUCCACAUGGAUCGGCGGCUCCAUCCUGGCAUCGUUGGACACCUUCAAGAAGAUGUGGGUGUCGAAGCGAGAAUACGAAGAAGACAGAGCUCGUGCCAUCCACAGGAAGACCUUCUAGUCCCGCAGAGCCCCAGACCUGCCCUCCAACGCCCCCCGUCGUACUGCUGGAGACGUCUCCUCCUCCUCCUCCUCCACCCACCGCUUCUCCACCACCGGAGCUCACCUGCUCAGGUGCAGUGUCCACGUUUCCUCCUCCUCCUCCUCGUCCAUUAGCUGCAGGCGUCCGAGGCGUCCGAGGGCAGAUCAGCACCGUGGACUCUGGUUCCUGUUCAUUUAGUCCAGCUGUGGCGCCGCUGUCUGGCCUCCGAAGCCCCGCCAGGUUCAGAAUAUCAUGAAAUGUCAAGAAACCUGAAUGUUCUUUUGUUUAUCUCGUUGAAAUUUCCAUUCCAGACCGAAGAUUUUUAUUUGAUGUCUCUUUUGUAGGCUUUUUUUUUUUUGCGUUAGCCGGACGACGGUGUGAGCGCUAGUCGAUGAGAUCACCUCUGUAUUAUAUCAACUGCACAGCUUCUCUCUCUGCGGUUAAGUUAUCAUCCGAACUGAAGCCACCUCUUACUGUUUUUCUGUCAUUACUGCGAUGAAACCACGUGUUUGUGUCGACAGGAAAAUGUUUUUUGUCAGCGUUUUGUCUCAGCUGACGGGAUUAAAACCACCUGUAAGAAA